GAAUUUGUAGCACAAUUUCGUUUUCAACAAGAAUGGUUUGAUGAUCGUUUACGCUUCACGGAUCACAGCGAUUUUCGUAAUUUUGAUAUUAUUCAUGUUGCUCGUGACCAGGCACUUUGGAUCCCUGACACAUUCUUCCAAAAUGAACGCAACGGCUGGUACCACAUGCUCGAUCAGGUACACUUUUAUCGGUUUCUUUUUCAGCGCAAUUUGUGAUUUCUCAAAAAUAGGCGAAGAUUCCACAGACACUUUACAAAACAAGAAACAUCCGGUGAAGUACUUUGAAAAGUGUCUUUAA